AGCCUCGUGAUCYAAGAUGGCGGCMAAGACGUCUGGAAGUCCGAACAUUAGCUUUCUUUCUAUUCAACACUAGAUAUGUUUGAAAAUAAGCUAGGAUGCUGUCCUAGAACAACUGUGUUUGUUCUWGACCGUAGUUCUAGGUUCUUGUCGCUAUCAAAGCAGCAUAUUGAUCUAGAUGGCUCCGGUAAAGGAAAGAGUGCMAAAUCCCUUGCAAAAAGUAGUUCUUUGGGCCCAGUCUACAAGAACGCAUGGACGUGUUCUAUUGAAUCGACUGUAGAGUAUUGCAGGAUUGUGUAUGAUCURUUUCCAAAUGAAUACAUUGUGCAAAUAAUUGUCUCUGACGAGAAAGCCCAAAAGAUCAAUGCAAAAUCACCAGAUCAACAAAAUGUUCCACACCUUCUCAGGACAUUUGCAAACCAGGGUCCACCAAAACCUGACAAUGAAGAAGACUGCUCAAUCAUGCAUGGUCUGACAAUGGCUGUCCAGUGUGUUGGAGAAGCAGCACCAUUACCAAAGCAACCCAGAGAGAGAGAUGGAGAUGAAGAUAACAAAGCUAGAAUUAUAUGUCUUACAACACUGAAAAAUGAAGCACAUCUGAAUUCUCUUGUAGCGUGUGUGAAUGAUGCUUUUCAACAUCAAACUGGAAGCUGUCACAUUCAAAAUUUAGACUUGAUUCUCAUCCACGUUGUUCAUGCAAAUGAUAGCAGCACAAAGUUUUCAGAAAAGAUUCCCAAAGUUUCCUCAACUUUAUCUGUGAAUAUCCAUUCUAUUAAGUCAUCACAGUUGGUAUACAAAUUUGGCCUCAUGGUACGGAAACACUUUACUCUCAAGUCAACAACAGUAACUGGAAUCCCAAUGAAGGAAGAGCAGCAUUCAGGAAGCUCAGCAAAUUAUGAUGUUGAAAUAUUGCAUGCUGCMGAAGUACAUCAUGAUCUGAAAGUCUUUAAUCAGUUCUGUGGCAAUAAUAGUGCAAAUCCAACUAAUGUGUCCACCAAUGUGGCUGCAGCAACCACAAGUGGGAAGAAGGAUGGUGGUGCCACAAAAGACUCUGUCAUCCUGAAAUGGUGYACACCAAAAAAUAGCACUACAAAUGAGCUCUACCCAUGUUUAGGAUCCUAUAGAAUAACUCCAGUUGAGGUUAACAGCAGACCAACAUCAUGUCUUAUCUCCUUCCUUCUUCAAGGACGACAUGUGAUGCUUGAGCAACCCAGGAAGUCUGGCAGUAAAGUGAUUUCCCACAUAUUAAUGAGCCAUGGAGGUGAUAUAUACAUCCAUAGCAUAUCUACUUCCCGCACACCUAAUGARGACCCACCUUCUAUUAGUGAAGGUGUUGGUGGGCGUGUAACUGACUACAGGAUCAAUGAUUUUGGAGAAUUUAUGAAAUCCAAUAGACUUGCACCAUGGCCAAAGAAAAAGUCUCAAGCAAACCUGAAUGUACUUGAGAAAUGUCAUGAUAGAUUAGAAAGGUGUACUCGUCAUUGGCCUAUGGUCAUUAGUGAUACAGUCAUUGGGAAUAUGAUGCAGCAUCUUGAGCCACUAGCGACAUUGAUUAUGAAAGAAACUCUAACAGAACAAGAAGUACUCGACUGCAAAGCUGUUAUCUACCGCCUUCAAUCAAUGGAAAGCCGCAACGAUGUGCUACCAAUCACUAUUACUGGAGUCMGAGGAAAAGGUCCAAAGCGAGACGARCAGUACAGGCAACUGUGGUCAGAACUUGAAAUCUUCCUGGAAUCUGCUUCAAAAACAUCCAAGAUGCACGAAAAGAUUUAUGAAUGUGUUAAGGUUUCUAAAAGCCCUAGCCAUAGUAGCAACAGCAGUCCCAUGAGAAGCACUCCGACGGAAGAAAUUGAAAGAAUGAAUGCAGGUUCUAGUUUUGGCUCGAACGAUAUGGCUUGGAAAGAAAUUGACAGAUAUAACACAAUGUCAGAACGUGAAAGAAGCGACUUCAAUCGAGGAGAUACCAACAACGACCAUUUUCAUAAACGAGGAAGAAGCACCCCGGAUAGUGAGCGGUCGCAAAAGAAAUUUAAAUCCGAAGACAGGCUUGAUUUGGCACACAAAACAGGAUCACUUUCAAAUGGCCCAUCCUUGCUUUCCAUCUGGACAAACAAAAUGAAUUCAAUUGCUGCCAAAAGGCACGAAGAGUUUGCUGGACGCAUGGAUUCUGAUGGAUGUAAAGCAGAAUUAUAUCAGCACCUCAGCUUAGACRUGAAUUCCAGUGGUCGUGGCACGCCAGUCAAGGAGUGGCCCAUUGCUUAGAACAACUUGCUGAAGAAAUACUACUAUUAGAACAAUUAUUUUUUAUAAGUACUAUAUUAUUUGUAAUCAUUAAACKGAAACUAAUAUUUAUUCAAAGCAAUAGUAAAUAGCUCCUGGGUAUUAAAAAAGUAACGUUUUAAAAUUA